CUAAUCAAAUGGAUAUAUUUAAUACGUGACGUAUUAUACGUCAUACGUGCAUUAAAUAAGACGUUAAUGUUGUAACUAUUUUUAUCCGAUGCAUGUAUGGAAUAAGACUCCGAAAGUUCAUUACUUACGACAGUUGACAGUGUGGAUAAAGUGAGACAAAAAUGAAAUAUGAGAUUGAAGAAUUGCCCAAACCUGUGUAUUGUAUAUACAUUGUAAGUACGGUAAAUCGUAAGUACAUAUGCACUAUGUACACAAAACCAAUCCAGGAAUCUUCAGCAUUUAAUUGUAAAUCUUUUGUAAUUGUAAAUUACUUAAUGAAUAUUUAAGUGACUUAGUUAGCAAGCUGUAAAAAAAGUAAUUUUACUCAAGUAUUGAAAAAAUUAUUCAUAUUUUACUGUACCGACAGUAGACACAGGUGACAAGUGUGUAAUUUUAAAUUUGGAUGUACUUUAAUAAGUACCGUAUUUUUAAAAUAUAAUUGUAUGUAACAGUAACAAUCGUGCAAGAUUAUUCCGUUGUAAAUAAAAUUGACAAUUAUCACUAAUAAAAUGGACGAAAUAUAUCAACCGGAACAAUCGUCAUCCACCUUAAACGAACUCCCUACCAUCCUCCCUUCAAAUAACGGCACAUCGUCUAAUGAUGAAGAGGAAGAUAACAAUUCAGACCUCGACAUGGACAUUGUCCAACUUUCACGAAGAAGUUGUUCGAAAAAUUGUGCACAAUCCUCCGAGGCAAACAGUCAACCCUCUGAAAUAACUCUGGCUGACGAUAGCGACCACCAAGACGAUAUCACAGAAGAUACUGGGCAGAAUUCUAGUCAUUACGGUCUACGACGAAGACGGUCUGUAAUUAGUUACAAGGAUUUAGUGCAAAGCUCUGAUGACGAUGAGGGUGCUGUAAAUAAUCUACCUUCAACUUCAAAGAAGUCUAGGAAAUCCUCUAAGUUUCGAGAUGUCCUGGAUGUGUGCUCUCUGCUCCAUAAUACUUCCACUAAGCAAUUGAACAAGUUUAUUAAAAAUCCUGAAAUUAUAGAAAACUUAUCAGUUUGGAAUAUCACAAUGAGUCUACUUCACACCAACGAUUUUCACGAUGAACUACACUUGGAACUUUUUCAGAAAUUUGUUCAGAAAUGCGCCCGACAUGUGAACCACCUAGUUUUAAUUUGUGAUGAUAUAAACAGGCCUCCAAGAUGCUGGUCAAAAGUGCUGAAACUACUGACAAAUGUUUUCAAACAUGCUACUUUUCUCAAGCAAUUUUCCAUGCGAUACCACAGGGAAGAAAGUAACAGCGACCAAGUUAUCCAAGUGCUGAAUGUGAUUGGUGAAAGUGGCCAGAAAUCUUUAAACUCGUUGAAACUCUUGUGUCUGGCGAGGGAAGGAGAAGAGGAAAAGGCUGUGAUUACCAAAGAGGAAUUAGACGUGGUCGUUAAGCUCGCAGAAGCCGGAGGAGGAAUAUCAUGGGUGGAUAUUGAACUUGGAGAUGGGCUCCUCGUGACGCAGGAUUAUGAAAUUUUGACGACUCUUGAGAGACUUUUAGAAGUCGGCAAGGAUAGCCUCGAAUCUGUGACCAUACACGGAGGACUAAAAGGACGCCCAGGCCUGGACAAAUCUAAAUUAAGUAUAACGUUUCCCAGAAAAAUGUCCAGCUUAAGAGAGCUUACAGUUUGCCCAAAAUACAACUUCGUCUCAGAUUCAAUGGACACUAAAAAUCCGUCAUCCAAGCGAUGGCGAGAGAUCCGACUUGAUGAUGAUUCUCACCUUGGGGGUCAUGAUGAACUAAGCCCUCUUAAACUUAUAUUAGUCCUUGGACAUACGGACUUUCCAGUAUUGGAGAAAGUUGUACUCGGAAAUCUGAUAGAAUUGGAAGAGUGUGGGUUUUCUCUGCUAAGGAAAUUGAAAAUUUUCCGAUGUGGUAGCAGAUGGGAUCUGGCCGUCCGGUUUCCACAAAAUGCGAGUAAAAAGGGAAGCAGUCAAUUGAAAGAGAUGCAACUUCCGGACGGAUUGAAAGACCCUUCAUUUGUUCAGAAGGUUGGGAAAUUCUUUCCGCUCUUGAGAAAAGUAUGGAUUUAUCUCCCGUCCGUCCCGGUGCUGAGAACAUUUUUCAAGUCGUAUGAAAAUUCAUCAGCUCUGGAAGAACUAUAUAUCAAAACCCAGUUUGACUUUGAGACAACCUUGGAGUCGUGUCUCCUUCCUGGGAGUCGUGACGAAAGGAACUCUCUUUCAGACUCUUCCAAAACUGUACUGAGAACGUUGAAGGAAUAUAAACAUUUUGGAGAUUAUGCGAGAUAUUACAACAUUGAACUGCCUCUGGAAGAUGAAGAGGAUUUAUCAGAGCUGAGGAGAAACAGUGCAGGAAUCCAGGCACUGAAAUCGCUACAGGUACUGGAUUUGGAGCAUAUUCCACGUACUUUGCUAAUUCCUAACCCCGAAGACGAGCGACGAUGGUAUGACCACAACUUUAAGUACCUCAAUACCACUUUUGGCUUCAGAUUGUACCCCUACUCACGACGGUGUCAUCAGGAAAUCCUUGGUUUGAACUUGAGGGAAUACCAUUGGAGGAAUCUUGAUUUUCUCAGUUCCAGAAGUCAUUUUGAUAAGGCUGGUUAUGUGGCAAUGGAUUACGUGGAUCUAAUGUCCAGCAGUGGCGAAGAUGAUUUGUUCAUUCCCAUUUCAACGAAAUCAAUGUCAAGAAAUAAAAGUCUUACCAAGAGUAAGUCUACGUCCAGAGGCAUCAAAGUCGCAAUUAAACCAUCAAUGCUCGUUCCUGAUCAUUGGAAAAGUAAAACGGAGACAUAGUUUACAAUUUUAUUUGUUUAGCUGAUAGGGAUUAAAUAAUUAGGCUGUUAGGUUAGACUUAUUUCUGAAUUUUAAAGUCUUUUAUGUAUGUAGAUGAAAAAAUGAAACUGUAAAAUUUAAAAAAUUGUGCUCGUAGAUCGUUCCACAAUACUUUGAGCAAUAAUGAGAGGAUGGAAGUUAGUCAUAAACUAUUCAAUUUUUUGGUGCAUGCUCUCAUGAUUAAAUAAAUAAAUUAUAUACUUUUAUUAAUGUAAAUAAG